UCCCAUGUGGUGAAAACUUAAGAAGUAACCUGAAAAAAAAAAGCCUGCCCUUUUACCAUUCCCCAUGUCUCUGUUUUGAUGCAAGACUCCCCACAGUAAGAGAAGUCUCUAGAGCCUUCUGAAAAUCACCCAACAGCUGUAGAAGGUUUGUGCUUCACAACUACUAUGGUCCUCUCAAGCUUAGAGCCUUAGAACCUUCACUGAUUUUCUGAUGUUCUCCUAAGCGGUCCACAGGAUUAUGAAUAUGAAUGUUCCUUCUCUUUCAAUCCAGUGCCUUGACUACAGCAGUGGAGCCCUGACUGGCGACCUCUGUGAAGAUCUGUGUGUGGCGCAGAAGCUGGUGUACAAACACUGCCUUUACUAUGACAGAGGUAAGAAGGUCAUCCAGGCUGACUGGAGAGGCCAGCCCAUCAUCCUGAAAUCCAAAAAGGAAAUCUUCUCCAGCUACCAGCAUCUCAGUGUGCUGGAUGAGGUGGAAACACAGGAUAUUCCUGAAACAGAGAUUCUGCUGAUGGUAGCCUUGGAAGUAAAAAAUGUUCUGGGGCUAGAACUGUCUAACAAUAGCACAGGGCCCCUGUGGACAAGGAGGAAGGGACCACAUUGGAAAGCGCAGGUGGCCAGCAUGUGGUCCUUGAUCCAGCAGGAAGAAUACAUUUUCUUCAGUUUGCUGCAGGACUUCAGCAAACAUGUGCUACGAAUUAUUGGCUCUUGUGGACAUUUCUAUGCCGUGGAGUAUCUUACAGCUGGACAUGCCUGGCACAAAACUCUUUUUCCCUUGGAAAACAUAGUAGGUUCCUCCCUUGCUGGCCGCAAAAGCAGUGUGGGAGCCAUCAUUGACAUUGCACUCAGCUUUCUGGACAUGGUGCAACAUUUUGAUAAUGAUUUCUCUCAUCGCCUACACCUGUGUGACAUCAAGCCAGAAAACUUUGCUAUCAGGCAUGAUCUUACGGUGGUGGCUAUUGAUGUGGAUAUGGCUUUUUUCGAACCCAAAAUGAGGGACAUCCUUGAGCAGAACUGCACAGGAGAUGAAGACUGUAAUUUUUUUGAUUGCUUUUCAAAAUGCAAUCUGAAAAUCAGAAGAUGUGGAGCGCAGAGAGCCAAUAACAACUUGCAAGUCAUUUGUGACAAAAUAUUCCGUCGCUGGUUUUCUCCAAGUCUCAGAGGACCAUUGGUUUCCUUCCCACUGCAGCCGCAGUUGCAGAAGGCUGUGCAGGAGUGUGCAGAGCUGGGACACGUGGAUGCUACCGUGCACCAGAGAACUCUGAACUCUCUCAUUGAAUUAUACCAUCUGCUUCGGGUCAGCCAACAAGAACUGCAAAGGGUGGAGUAGAUACAGAAGGCAGAACUGCAAAGGCCACAUCACAACUACUGCUAAUGGAUGCUGUACGUGAGGCAGCCUGUGCUUUCUGUCUCUCCUCCAUCCCUCCUACCCACUGUAUUACAUUCAUAGCACGUAGUUUUCCAGCUAUGCAAAUGAAAUUCAUGACUGCAGGUGCAGCAUGUCCUGUUAAUAUCUCUUGAAAUAUGAAAUUGUUUUACAUUACCUGAUUUCAUUCUUCUUUAUUUUCCUGUAUUCUCCAUCGACGUUCAGCGCAUCAUUUGCCUCCCUAUUUAGAUUGCAUCUGUCUGAGCGCAUGCUCCGAGUUAUUAGCCAUUUCUGUAGGGAUGAGAUGGUACUUUGAAUUUGAAAAUUGGAAGUGCAGCAGAAUUAAUAUCAAUCAUUAACAAGAUGGUGGGAUGGAUGUGGAUAAAUACAUGCAAGAUGUUUGUUUUUCCUCUCAUUGUAGAAUAAGGGUUUUAAAAGUGAAGACUAAGUCUUCAGUAUCAAAAACCAAGCUCAAACAGGGAAACAUACUGUCACAUAGAGAGCUGCUUUUGUACAAAGCACUCCAUUCUGAUGUUCCCAAAUGGUGUAUUACAUUACUUGUGCCAUAGCUAACUUUCUAGGGAAAAAAUUAUGUGAAGUUACUUAGGGCUUUACUAGAGCAAAAUAAUUGUACCCACGUUUAGUUCCAAUGUGAAUACUUAUAUUCUGCAGUGAAGAAAAUGACACUGACUCUUCCUGAGUGAGCACAAGCCCUCAGGCACUUGAACAUCAGAGCACUUGGUAAGAAGCACUACUUUGCCAGAUAGCAGAAUUGCCCAGGAAUGCCAACAAUCUGUCCUUUGCACUGAACAAUAUCGAGACCUUGAGAUUUCUUACUCUGUAUUAAUUUUAUAAACAGAAGGAAAUUUUCAGAAGAAUUCCUGAUCUUGCAGUUACAGAAAUAAAGGCUCCUAGAUUUCUGUAAAAGCAUUAACCUUCCCUUUCCAACUUGGUAGCAGGGGCUGGAGAAUCUGACAUACAGGUUCAGAAAAAAAUUGCAUGUAUUUAGUAUCAGAAGAAGGUAAUAGACCUCUGAGUUGCUUGUGGUAUGAAGACCUCACAAACAAAAGUAAACCAACAGCCUGUGAUGGCCCUCAGCUCACAACAGUUCUUCAGUAUUAAGACUGACAGUAACUGCUUUGUGGAUGUGAGACACAAAAUAACAAUCUUUUUUAUCUGUAUAUCCCUCAGCCUUACCACAUUCCUGAAGUGUGAGAGCACUAAUUUUACAUAAACUCUCUAUUUCUGGGCAGCAGUGAUCCUUCGCAAUUAUGUUCCCAAAGUGAUGGGCUCAUCAGACCAUCACUUGACCAGAACAAUGAGACCUACUUAGGAGACCUUGACACUUACCCAAAAGUAGCUCAAAUUUUCAAACUGGUAUUAGUUAAAAACAAACAAACGAAAGCACUAUUUCUUCUAAUAAAUUGUAUUUUUAAAAGUCAUUCAAGUACUGAAAAGCUUGUAGAGAGGACAAGGUCAGCUGUCUUGCCUGGGGCUGUUCUGAAGGCAGCGUGCUACUCAUCCAGAACUAGGACUCCAGAGAUCCUAUUUUAAUGAGCUGUCUUCAAGCCUGUGCCUCUCCUCUAGCCUGGGAGACAGUAUUAUAAGGUCAUCCUUUGCCAAAGCAGGAAAGCAGAACAAAACAAGGCACACAAAUUCCAGAGCAAGUCCCAGCACAAAGCGAUGAAGAUGACAGAGGAGAAACUAUUGAAGGAAAAAAUGGUAUGAAAGGGUUGAGAACACAUGAUGCGUCUUAUGUAGAGAGAAGAUGAAUAGGAAAUAGGAAAAAGUACAUUUCACUUUGUGAAGACUUGGUAUAUGAGGUAACUUUGAGUAAAGUGGGGGAAGUCUUUGGAAGAAGAGACUGAAGAAGGACAUGGUGACUCUUCAGAAACAGAAAGAGGAUGAUAAAAAGAGUAGGAGUGAACUGUUCUGUCCAAAUUUUCUUAGUGGAUUUGUCAAGAAAUGAGCUUAAGCCGAUAAAUAAAUGUUAGUUACAGUCUCUCUAAUAGUAAGAAACAGUGGACCUAUGGAACAGAUCAUUUGGGAAAACUUCAAUCUCCAUAACUAGCAAUUUUUAACUGUAGGCCAGAGCGAGUGUUAGUCAGGAAUGAUGUGAGUGUGGUUUUAUCAAUGAUCCUGCCUUGACGUAGAUCUGGUGCCUUUAUCCCUAGGUACAGUGAUUCUGUUAUUGCCAGAUCACCUUUGUGCUCUUGCAACUCCUUCACAAGGGAACAGACACUUCUUAGACACAAGGUGAAACAAAAAAACAAAACCCAUAAUAAAACGUAGUGUAGAAGCAAAAUGCUGGUGGAAUGUCACUUUGUUCAGAGGAUUCCUUCUCCUUGGCUUGGAUUUAGGAAGGUAAACUGCCUUUGACAGCUUUCUCCGAACUCUUUGGGACUUAGCUGCAGGCACCACUACCUGACAGGGACCUCCUUUCCCCACACCAUGCACUUUCCCAGGUCAUUAAGUUUCAUUCCUUCCUUUCAUGAUACUGAGAACAGUCCUCACAAACAGCGCCUCAGAAACCCCUCAAUAGAACACAGUAGGAUUAUGUGUACACGGCUGGGUUGUGAGAGUGAGAUUUGCUUACACAGUCAGCUCUGGCUGGCUCUGGUGUACCUUCAGCAAUGAGUGCAGAGACAGGGAAAAUCUAAGAGUCUGAUUUUCCAGUGCCUCACGCACCUUGCAAAGUUAAUCAAACCUGGUAAACCAUUGGUUAGAAGGUGCUCCUUUCUGACAAAGCUGCUUUCCUUUUGCCUUAGCAUUGAUGUAAAGACAUAACCAGCUGGCUCAAGGGUUUGGCUGGGUCAGGUGGAUGCUGCUGAAUGCCCUGCCAGCUGUUGGGCCCUGGCUGUUUUCCCACUUCAUCUCUGCAUCCUGGUUAUGAUGCUAAUGUGGGCUGUGAUAGUUUCUGCUUGGUUUCUCACUUUCAGGUAUCUCCAGUGCUGCUACUCCUUCAGAUAAAAAAUGAUUCCUUUUAUAUAGGUUCACUAAUAGCAAUUGACUGUACUGUAAAUGGCCACUUAACACAACAAUUCCGUUCCCUUUAAGUUGAUAUCAGCCCCAUCUCUGUGCCUGGUCAGUCUGUUCCCAAAUCCUUUUCUCCCUUUAAAAGUGGCACUACCUCUUGAUUCAUUUCUACCUCUUGCUGUACUCAUGCCUUACUCAGCAACUUUCUACCAAUAUUUAUGGCUCUCUGUGAAAGAGGAAUGACAUUAAGUCAUUGUUUAUUCCUUCUUUGCAUCUUGGUUAAUAGCAGGUGUUUCAACUCCGCAAAAAUUUAAAUACACUUAUCUGUUCCUACAGUUUACAAGAGCUGAAUUCAGUUGGAAGCUCAUUUAAUAAUCUUUAGGAAAACUAAAUUCAGCCCUUUUCUCAAGAUUCUCAUGCAAAACUUCUUCCUCAAUGCAGAUUUCUGUCCUUCUGGUAUAGCAUCCUUUUCAAAAACAUCUGCAAGCCAUAAUCAUGCACCAGGGUGAUAUGAAACAAAGCAAAACAUGUCCCAAAGGAUUUUCCUGUUCUCCUUUGUGCUUCUGGGGUUGACAUAAUGGUGACUAACCUUGAACAGCAGGUCAUUACCGUAGCCACAGUUUUUCAUACAGAGCCUACCUAAACCCUAGUGGGAGUUUGCUGGACCCCUUUCACUAAAAGCAUUCAGAUGCAUUGCUUGGGGCAGCAGUAGGUGCUAAACCACUUGUUUGGGACAGGGGAGGAAGGAAGGGAAGCUUUAUUUCCUUUCAACUAGAAACAUGGACUGAACAAAAUGCUUCCAAGUGGUGAAAAACAGGAUCAGGAUGUAGAAGUAGUUAGGGACACUGCACUGAUAUUUAUUUUUUCCUGUGGUGAAAAAACAUGGACACAAAAUGCUCUUUUAAUUUUCAGAACAAGAAUUGAAGCUAUAUACCAUGCUACCUACCUUUUGGCAGAUCAUAUUGUGGUACGCAAUUGGGUUGAAGGU